AUGCCCCAAUUGGACAUCCUCAUACAGAAAGCCACCGACGCAACGUUGACCAGCGACGACUGGCGGCUCAUCAUGGAGGUCUGCGACGCCGUGUCGGCCGCGCCAGAGCAAAACACCAAAACGGCAAUCACAGCCCUCAAAACCUGUUUGAGCAAAAAAGACGCCAACACCAUUCUCCGCACGCUCUCGCUUAUGGUAGCCUUGGCCGAGAACUGCGGCUCGCGCAUGCAGCAGGAGAUUGCAUCCACGUCGUUCUUGAACGAGUUCUUGAUCAAGAAGCUUGCAGACAAGAAACUCCAUAAGGAGCUCAAGAUCCGCAUCGCGGACACCAUCGGCCAGCUCCACGGCUCGUUCAAGUCUGACCCGUCGUUGAAACCCAUCUCCGAUGCCUACAACCAGGUCAGAUUGAGGUAUAGCCAGUACCUCACCAACCUUCCUGAUAAGCCUGCCAAACAGGCGUUGUCGUCGCAGGAACGGAACCAGCAGGAUAUGGAGCUAGAUCGGGCCCUCAAGUUGUCUGUCCAGGAGUAUGAGAGAGAGCAGUCUUUGCGGAAGGCGUACCUCAGUGAGAAACCACUUCCACAGGCGCAGAACAGAGAGCAGGAGGUCAAAAAGAAGGACUCGGGCCCAAAAUCCGCUUCUCAUGCAUCAAUCGCAAGCGUCAAGAAGGUAUGUGCACUCUACGAUCUAAUAUCUUAUGAGGCAGACGAAUUGUCAUUUCGCAAGGGCGAUAUCAUAACCGUCAUUGAGUCCGUGUAUCGCGACUGGUGGAGGGGAUCUCUUCCCAACGGCAAGACGGGUAUUUUUCCGCUCAACUAUGUGACCCCAGUAAUCUCAAAGACUGCGGAGGAACUCGCCCGUGAGGAAGAGCUCGAGGCGAAUCUCAUUAACGUAGAGAACCGUAAAAUCGAUAAGCUUCUUUCGCUCUUGUCCUCUAGCCCAGACCCAGCGGCCGAGGAGGAGAUCACUCAAUUGUACAAUCAAAUCAUUCCUCACAAGGCCACAUUGGCAAGAUUGAUCGACUCUUACAGCUCCCGGAGCGACGAAUUACGAGUGAUGAAUGAUCAAUUGAGUCAUGAGACGAAGAACUACAACGAACUCCUCGAUGGCCUCGUGAGCAUGCGUCAGAAAGCGGCCGCUACAGGUCCUUUGCCAUACCCUUCGAAUCAAGCGCUGCAGGGAUAUCCACCAACGCAACCCAGCAACAAUGAUCCACGCUUGACAGCACAGCCGACAUCUUAUGGAUUUGGAAAUAACAUCCCGCUGCAAUUUGGCCAGGAAGGUUCUGCCCCAAUUCCAAAUUCUUCUUAUCAGCAACAAGGACAGGUUCCAUACCCCUACCAGACCAGAUACUAG